GCCAACCGGCGCCUUAAUGUGCUGUCCCGGCGGCUAAUGAUGGAAGUCGUCGGGGGCCAGUGAAGUGAUCGCGUGUGUGUGUUAACAGGGAAUAUUGGAACGAGAGCUAUGUCCAAGUACAUACUACCGCUGUCGGUCGCGGGCACUUUAAUUGGCGGGAUGGUCCUCGUCAAAGAUUAUGUAACUGGUGGAAACUGUCCAAGUUCAGCAACUGUCUCAGGAAAGACUAUAAUCAUAACUGGAGCAAACACUGGAAUUGGUAAAGAAACUGCUCAAGAGCUGGCCAGAAGAGGUGGCAGAAUCAUUUUGGCGUGUCGAAAUAUGGAGAAAUGUGAAGCUGUGGCUCGAGAAAUUCGAGGAGAAACCCUGAAUCAUCAUGUAUACACCAGGCACCUGAACCUUGCGUCACUUAAAUCGAUUAGGGAGUUUGCCAAGAAAGUAACUGAAGAAGAGGAGAACAUAAAUAUCCUAAUUAAUAAUGCCGGUGUUAUGAGAUGUCCUCACUGGCAAACAGAAGAUGGAUUUGAAAUGCAGUUUGGUGUAAAUCACCUUGGUCAUUUUCUGUUGACAAACCUACUGCUUGACAAGUUAAAGAAAUCUGGAAAGAGUCGCAUUAUAAACGUGUCCUCACUGGCUCAUGUUGCAGGGGAAAUUGAUUUUGAUGAUCUCAACUGGGAGAAGAGAAAGUAUAACACAAAGGCAGCAUACUGUCAAAGUAAACUUGCAAAUGUGCUGUUUACAAAUGAGUUGGCUAAGCGCCUUGAUGGAACUGGGGUAACUGCCAAUGCCGUGCACCCAGGCGUAACUGAUACAGAGCUCGGCAGACACACAGGAAUGCACAAAUCCAGCUUUUCUAGCACCGUAAUGGGGCCUUUAUUUUCCCUUCUUGUGAAAUCGCCCAAGCUGGGAGCACAACCUUCCGUGUAUCUAAGUGUGGCAGAAGAAUUAGAAGGAAUAUCUGGAAAAUACUUUGAUGUCAUGAAGCAGAAGGAUCCUUCCCCACAGGCACUGGAUGCAGAGACAGCCCGACGUCUGUGGGAAACCAGUGCUAGACUAGUGGGACUAGAGGACAACAAAGACACAACUGCUCAGUAAUUUCAACCUGAGUAUGAAUACUGCAGAGCACUCAACAACCCUCAAUAGCUAUGCAAAAGAUGAGUAUGUAAUCACGUACUGAAAGGUAAUAUACACUCACUAGCCACUUUACUAGGAACAGUAGUGCACCUAAUAAAGUGGCCACAAGAGUGGAACCUGGUGUAGUCUUCUGCCAUCUCCAGUGGGAUCCCACCACCAAGUACAUCUCUCCUCACCCCCCACUUUCCACUCUCCACAGGGAUCGCUCCCCACUGAUCUCUCUCCUAGCACUUAUCCUUGCAAGCUCACCUGUCCCUACACCUCCUCCCUCACUACCAUUUGGGGCCCCAAAUAGUCCUUCCAGGUGAAGUGACUCUUCAUCUGUGAGUCUGUUGGAGUCAUUUCCAGUGCUCCCUGUGUUUCCCCCAUAUAUCUGUGAGACCCGCUGUAAACUGGGAAGCCGCUUUGCCGAGCACCUAUGCUCCACACGCUGGAGAAAGCGAUGAGGCCACACUCAGGCUGGGUAGCCUCCAACCUGAUGGCAUGAACAUAGAUUUCUCACACUGCCUGUAAUAUCCCCCCCCCCCAAUUCCCUCUGUCACUGUAUCUCCUCACCCGCCCAUCACCUCCCUCUGGUGCUCCUCCCUCUUCCCUUCCUUCCAUGGUCUUCUACUCUCUCCUAUCAGGUUCCCCCUUCUCCAGCCUGUUAUCUCUCUCUAAUUGACUUCCCAGCUCUUUACUUCACCCCUGUCCCUCCCAGUUUUAUCCAUCACCUGCCACCUUGUGCUUCUUCCUCCCCUCCCCCGACUUUCUCACUCUGACUUCUCAUCUCUUUUUCCAGUCCUGGUGAAGGGUCUCAGCCCGAAACGUCGACUGUUUGCUCUGUUCCAUGGAUGUUCCCUGGCCUGCUCUCCCUUCUCCAGCAUUUUGUGUGUGUUACCUUGAUCUCCAGCAUCUGCAGAUUUCCUAUUGUUUGUGCUCUUUGCUGCUGUAGCUCAUCCACUUCAAGGUUCGAUGUGUUGUGUGUUCAGAUACGCUUUUGCACUCCACUGUUGUAAGGCAUAUUUAUUUGAGUUAUUGUCCUCUUUCUGUCAUCUUGAACCAGUUUGGCCAUUCUCCUCUGACCUCUCUGGAUAUUUUGUUUUUUGCACCAUUCUCUAUAAACUAGAGAUUGUUGAGCAUGAAAAUCCCAGGAGAUCAGCAGUUUCUGAGAUACUCUAACCUCCCUGCCUGACACCAACAAUCAUUCCAUGAUCAAAGUUACUUAGGUCACGUUUCUUCUCCAUUCUGUUUGGCCUAAACAACAAGUGAAUCUCUUGACCAUGUCUGCAUGCUUUAAUACAUUGAGUUGCUGCACAUGAUUGUCUGACUUGUUAUUUAUAGCUUGUUAUUUACAUUAACAAGUAGGUAUACAGGUGUACCUAAUAAAGUGGCCACUGAGUGUAUGUCACACAUCAUAUGCUAGUGAAUUUUUAAUUAUGAUUGCAAUUACAAUUCAUUCCCAUAUAAAUUUCACUGUGGAGCACUUGGUUAACCUUGUCUCCAUUUCCUCUCCAUCUGUUAAUUUAUCCAGCCGUGCACUGCAAUUUUCCACUGUGUUAUACAAUUCCUUUUAAGGAUUACAGCGCAGAAAUCCAUCCUUUUGCCCAACUCAUCCAUGCAGACUAAGAUGUCCAACUAAGCUAUCCCAUUUGCCCGCAUGUAUCCCUCUAAGUUAGAAUGAAAUAGUAAUGAAACAUUAUAACAAUAUAUUAGUGGACUUAUGAAUUCUUCUGAACAACCAAUCCUAUCAGUGUAGCUAUAACCACAGUUCCUUCAACUUCCUUAUACAAAGGAUGGAACUGUAGGAAAGGUAAUUUCUUGUUGCCUUGGUAGAAGGUUGAGGGCAAGUCAAAUGCCCUCCAUCUUUCACAGAAGAUUAUAUCUGAAGAAGGUUAGUUGACAUGAGAUGUUCUCCAAACUGUUCCUGAACAUUCUUCCUGAAGUUCCUGAACAUUUUUCCAACCAUUGAAGUGAGCUACUGUCAUUUUAAGCACAAGAACUGGCAUAGUUAAUAAUUUUACCAACAGGUGUUUCACUGUUUCAUCUUUGUAUGUUUUUAUAUUAAAAGUUAAAGUGCCCACAUGUUAGGUUUGUGAAACUAAGAAUGAAUGAUCUUGUGUAUUCUGGGAUGAGAUUAAUUAAACUGUUACAAAUGAACCAUAAAGUAAUUGUCAUAUUCCAAAAGAAUG